AUGUCACUAGAGCCCCACCGAAUUGUCCUCAACGUCAAACGCGGCUCGUGCAACACGCUCUCCACAAUCCGCAGUGACAGGACCAUGCAGCAUGCCUUCUUCUCCAACAACAACAACAACCAGCACUACAAUGGCGAUGGAGACGUCAACGACAAGGAAGACAACGAUGACACCGAUUGCAAAGACUCGAGGUCGGAUUCUCGAACGGAGACCUCAGCGAAGCGAACGACAGUGAAGCGACUGCAACUAGUGUGGACCCUGCAGCUUCACAAGAGGUUCGUGGACGUGGUGGCGCACCUCGGGAUCAAAAACGCAGUGCCGAAGACGAUUAUGCAAUUGAUGAACGUGGAAGGGUUGUCCCUAUAA